AUGUCUCCCGCCCUCGGCGCGCCCAACGCGCAGCGGCGGCAGACCACCCUCCGGUUCGAGGGGCGCCUGGGGCUGAGCGGGCUGCCUCCGCCAGAGUUUGGCUCGCCCACCGGCGGGCUGUCACCCUGCCACGGGUCGCAAGCCCUCUGCCGGCCGGAGCGCAGGCUGCGCGGGCUUCCAGCAAUUGGCGCCGGCUUUCCACCGGCAUUGCCCAUCUUUCGCCGAUCUGCUGCCCCCGCCGGCGGCGAUGGCGGACAGCAGCGCGCCUGGCGCGCCGGCAGUGCCGUCGGAUGGCACGGCUGGUCGGCUGCGUCCACCCGCAGCCGGGCCGGCGAGCACGAGCGCGCAGCUUCUCGAUCCCGCGGCGCAGCGCCGCGGAUGGAUGCCCUCGGGUCGGUGGAGAAGGACCCGGGCGCGUCCGCCUCGACCCGCACCGCUGAGGCGCCAGCAGUUGCGGCGCGGCAGACUCGCGCCAAUUCGGCGCAGCUCGCCUUGGAGCCCAUCGCGCUCUCAAAUCGCCUCGAAACCAUGCUCCUCGGCAACCAUCCCGUCCCUGCACCUUCCAACGAGGUGAGCGUCGCCAGCGAGGUCUCCAACAGCAUCAUUCUCGUCGCGAAAGCUGCCGUCGACGCGCUCUUUUCGUCGCCGCAGCGCGCUGCGCUGAUGGCUCUCGGGCUGCGGGACCUCAAACCGGCUGCGCUGGCGUAUCUCGUGUGGGACCUCCGCGGCGUGCUGGCGGGCGCGCGCCACGACCAGGCGGUCGCUGCGGCCUCGGUCCGUUUCCGGCGGAGUGGGAGCCGCGGCUCGGUGGCCUUGCUCCUGCUGCUUCCAUUCCUCCCGGCGAGCUGGGACCUCUGGUGCGGCGGCGAAGUCGUCCUCUCAUCGGCGCCCUACACCGGCUCAGACCAGGCUAGCGGAGAGCCUUUCCAGACCGAGUACGGCGUCUCCCUCUCGCCCGGCGUCGAGUGCGAGCUCCACAUGUACGACUCGUACGGCGACGGCUGGAACGGCGCUAGCUGGUCGGGCCUCGGGCAAGAGGGCCUGACCUUUGCCGCUGGGCUUGAGGAGAGGAAGUACUUUGUGGCCGUCGCCCACACGCCUCAAGACAUCCAGGACGAGAUCAACGAAGCCGUGGACCAGGGCCGCAACGCGACCGUCUACGUCCCGCCGGGCGCCAGCCUUGCCUUCAAGAGCGACGUCGAAUGUGACGGCAACAUCCACCUCUCGGUCCGGAGCAGCGGGGAGGGCGCGACGCUCGACGGCAAGAAGAACUCCCGCAUGUUUUAUAUCAAACAAGGCUGCAGCCUCUACCUGGAGGCGCUGCACUUUGUGGACGGGCGUGGCGUUUAUGGUGGCGCGGUGGAGGCGCGUAACGCUGGCGACAUCGCGAUGAAGGACGUGUCCUUCACGGGCUGCGAGGCUGACCUGCACGGCGGAGCUAUGUUUGUGCACCUCAGUGGCGAUGUCUCGAUGGAGAGUGCCGGCUUCAGCUCGUGCACGUCUGCCAAGGGGGUCCGCCCACUGACGCCCCGCUUGCACGGCGCCCUCGUGCAGUCCGGCGGAGCUAUGAAGGUGGUCAACAGCGGCGACGUCUUCAUGAAUGGUGCCAACUUCAGCGAGUGCACGGCUUCCUAUGACGGCGCAGCUAUGUACGUGCUCGGCAGCGGUGACGUCUCGCUGGAGGGUGCCAGUUUUGUCGGUUGCGCGGCUGACAAUCAAGCGGCUCUUUAUCUCCUCAGUAUCGAGCGCCUAGCUCUCACCAACUCGCAGUUUCUGAAGAUCCUCUUCGGCUUCUAUCAGAUCUGCACCGUCUUGUCCUCCACCUACUCCGCGCGGCUGCCGGAGGAGUACACUGGCUGGACCGACCGGCUGGCCAACGCGAUGUCCAUCGACUGGUCAGGCGUCUUCCUGCCGGAGCAGUGCCUCGGCUACGGUAUGCGACUCCUCGCCAUUGCUCUCUCGCCCGUCGCCCUCAUCGCACUGCUAAUGGGAACGGGAAUUGCGCUGCGGCUCCACUACUGGCGUGCCGCACCGCCACCGCGCGAGAGAUCGUGGUUCGCAGAGGCGGCCCUCGGCCUCCUCGACCUCACGCCGGCCGGCCUCGUGCUCGUCUUCUGCUUCGUGCCCUCAAUCAGCGCCUCCAUCUUCCGCUCGUGGUCGUGCCAGGCGCCCUCGCGGCUGAUGACUGCCGCCUACACCGUCUCUCCGCCGAACGAGCCCCUGGAGCAGGUCUCCUACAUGCGGCAGGACGCGAGCAUCGAGUGCGGCACCGAGGAUCACGAGUCCAUCACCGACGUCGCCAUCGGUCUCAUCGUCCUCUGGCCCGUCGGCUCGCUGGUCCUCUUCACGUCGCUCCUCGCCGCCUGCUACAAGCCGCUGCAGGCCAAGACGCCGAAUGCUCUGACGCGUGCCACCGCCUUCCUCCACCGGGAGUACGAGACGACCUAUUUCUGGUGGGAGGCGGUCGAGCUGGCGCGCAAGCUCGUGCUCACGGGCUUUGUGUUGCUGAUACCGGAGGAGAACGCCUUUCUUCGCCUCGUGGUGGCGACCCUAGUCUGCUCGUGCUACGCCGUCGCACUUGCCGUCGUGCGGCCGUACAAGCGGGUCGGCGACGACGUGCUAGCCGUCGCCACAAGCCUCGUGCUCCUCCUCCUCUUCCUUGGCGCCAACUGGACCACCAUUUUCCUCGGCAUUGAGGAGCGACACCCCGACACAGAGGAGGCCGCCGCCAUCCUCGGCUUCGGCAAGCUGAACGGCGUCGUCAACUCGAUGCUCGUCCUCGUCGCCGUGACGCUCCUCUUCUUCCUCAUCGGCGCCGUCGUCGCCGCCCGCCGCGUCGCCAUGAUCCCCACGAUCCAGCUCGCCUCGACUAAGCAGCCCCCCGAGCUGGACAUCGGGACCGGCAUCACAUGGCACUUGUUCCUCUCGCACAUCUGGUCGACCGGUCAAGACGCCGUCGGAAACAUCAAGAGCGAGCUGCAGCUGCUGGUAGAUAAUCUCAAGGAUAUUGGGGCGCUCGAGGAGUACAUCCAACGCUCGCAAAUGAUCCUCUUCUUCCUCUCGUGUGGCUACUUCCGCUCCAAGGCGCGCUCUCGCCGCCCUGAGUGUCCCGCGCUCGGGAUCCUCUGGCUCUCAACGCACCCGAAGGCGGACCCGGCCAAGGGCGGCGGGACGCUGCAGGUGCUGCGCGGCGAAUGCCCGGAGGACCUGCAGCCGGACAUCUUUGAAAAGGGCUGGACGCACACCAUCUACAUGCGAAUUGAGGAGUUCCAGCGCGUCUCGCUCAAGACCAUCGCGGUGCUCCUCAGCUCACCCAACUACCUUGACCGGACCUCCCUCCCGCUCUGCGUGCCGGGCGAGCCCGAGAGCCAGUCGCUCGCCUUUGCCAAGGCAACCCUCCUCUGGGCCUCGCCGGCCAACGCGGGCGCACAGGCCUUGGCUGACGAGAUUGCCGACGCCUUUGCCGGGCGCAGCCUUGGCGGCCUCAGCCGGGUGUUCGCCAAGAUGAGCAGCCGCAGCUCUGCGGAGGCGCGCGACGUCUCUGGAGGCGAGGAGGCGUCGGUGCAGCAGCAGGUCUGA